CAACCAACUUUGAAUUCGUUGCUGUCACCGUCGCUCGAACCUUUGGAGUGCCAACAAUAUAUCUUCAAUUGUGCGCAAGAUCCACGAUUGACUUGAGAGUCCAAGAUACGUUGGAGUGUCGUCUUCUACCCCGCUUCUGCCUGCGCGGCGGGACAAGCACGACAACGCGUUUCACAUUGCACAACAUCUUGCCCUGGCCUUUGAUAUAUCUGUCGUUCCGCUAGGGAAUGCGAAGUCAUCCUCGACAAGUCUCUGACAAAGCGGACUUCAGUGCUCUAUCACAGGGCUUAUCGCGAGCCUCGGACGAAAUCCUAAGUUCAAGUACUCAUCUACCUGCCUUACUUCCUUCCGUUUAAGUAGAGGUACAUAACAAACCCUCAGUAUGUUUUUACAGCAGGAGAAACCAUACUCAGCCGUCACGGUUGCUGUCGAGCGCCUGACGAGUGAAGAAUUUGAGGAAGAUGACUUGAGUGGAAUUCCAGAUCUGGUCGAGGCUAUCAAGCUUCAAAGCACUGGACCUACAGAAGCUGCUCGGGCAAUUCGAAAGAAGCUCAAGUAUGGCAACAUACACCGUCAGAUUCGUGCUCUUACGAUAUUGGAUGGUCUCAUUCACAAUGCUGGCCCUCGAUUUCAACGUACCUUUGCGGAUGAGAUGUUGCUGGAGCGUUUACGUGUUUGCGGCACUUCCAACCUCUCUGAUCCAUUAGUCAAGGAAAAGUGCAAGGAGCUUUUCAGGACUUGGGCAGUCGAGUACAAGAAUACGCGAGGCCUCGAGCAAAUUGCUGGUCUCUACAAGCAACUACCCAGGCGUAAACAAGUGGUUACCCAGGACAGAUCAAAAGUGCUUCGUGAGACCGAACAGAAUCCAUUUGAAGCCGAAGAAGAUAACGAGGAGGAACCUCCGUCACCUACCGUCACUAAACAACCAUUUGUGACUUCAACCCCAGUCCAAUCAAGUGGCAGUUCCACGCCAAACUCUUUCUUUAGUCCACUCUCCCCCACUUCAAGCAAGAAACCAAAGAAGGAGAAGGCCAAGAAGGGCAAGAAGCCUAAAGCAUUUAACCUCGAAGCAGAGAAAGAAACUAUGAAGAACUGCAUUGCCGAAGCCUCCGUAGCGUCAACCAACCUCCUGAACGCCCUCCGCCACAUCAACCGUGAGCAUGAGCAGAUCUCUGAGAACCAAGCUGCCGUCAAACACUUCGAAAUCUGCAAGCUUCUCCGCAGGAAGAUAUUGCGAUACAUCCACCACGUCGAUUCCGAGCAAUGGCUCGGCGCCCUCCUCCACGCCAACGACGAACUGGUCACCGCGCUGAUGACCUUCGAGCAGCUCGACCGCUCCAUCGAUGCCGACAGCGACUCGGACGACGAGAUGGCUCACCAGGCCCACCUCUACCGCAUGUCCUCCGACCAGAGCAAAGAGUCCAACAAGAGCAAAGAUAAAGACACCGCCCAGCAACUCGCCGGCCUACACAUCGGGCCCACCAACCCUGAGCCCGAGCAACGCCCCGUGCCGCCCCCGCGCCCCGCCCCGACGCUACCAUCAGACGACGAGGAGGACGAUGAAAACGACCCGUUCGCGGACCGUAACGAGGUUUCCACACCGGGCGUCGAGAAGGCAGAGCCUAGGUGGACGGUCGUUUAAUACACCUCCCUCCCACAUGAUGCCACAUCACAGUAGAGCUACUGGUUAGCAACAGUUUAGGCCAUGAAGACUUGGCCGAGAGCCCAACAACCUCUUUGUUUCCUUUCCCCAUCCCUCUUCAUUUCUUCAAAUCACAGCUAGCUAUCAACAAAGCCUAGAUCUAGAGGCGUUUUAAACUCCAUAGCCAUAUAUCUCUACCUAUCUUGCAGACAUAUAUAUUAAUAUUUCAGCCC